AUGAAAUUGAGCAGUAUUCUAUUGUCGACAUUAUCUGCGCUUUCUCUAAGUCAAACCGUGGCUAGUACUCCAUUAACCUUUGAAUUGAAGAAAGGUCAAGAUGAAUGUUUUUAUACUUUGACCUCUGAUAUCGAUUGUGAUAUCACAUAUUAUUUCUCUGUUCAAGAUGCUCCAAAGAAUGAUUAUGAGAUCGGUUAUAAGAUCUAUGGACCAGCUAACCAUCAACAACCUAUUAUUGAGAGAUCUAACGAACGUCAAGGUGAAUGGGAAUUCUUAGGUGAUGAUAAAGGUGAAUAUAAAUUCUGUUUCGAAGGUGGUAAACACGGUGAUAAAAUUGUUGAUUUCGAGAUCAAAUACGACUGUAAACAAAACAAUGAUGCCAGAUCUAAGAAUCGUGAAGAGAGAAAGAAAUUAAGAAACUUGAGAGAAGUAAAGACUGAUGCUGAGGAUCUACAGACGACUUUAGAUGAUUCUAUUGACAAAAUUGAAAGACAAUUGCACAUGUUAGAAAGUAACAUGAAUUAUUACCUAACAAGAAACAGUAGAAACCAUCUAACUGUGAAAUCUACUGAAAGUAGAAUUGGCUGGUUCUCCAUGUAUGGCAUUCUACUAGUGGUUGGUAUGAGUGCUGCUCAAAUCUUAGUCCUACAAUGGUUCUUCAAACAAUCCAGAAAGAAUAGUGUCUGA